UCUCAAACUCUUCACUCCGUACGGAACAAACUGCGGUGCAUGUAAUCCGGCCGUCAUGUCUAGCGCUAGAAAGGCCAGGUUGGUGGCAAACCCUCUGGAUUCGGCUAUCUCUAAUCCCAGCGAGCUGAUUUUGAGGGAAUGCCACGACCUAUAUAUCGACGAUGAGAACGGGCUGGUGAAGAUCGCAGACAGCCUUGGCCUUCGCUUACUACCCCCCCGGAAGAAGAUCUUCGUGAUGAUUUUGGGGAACCACUCCGCAGGAAAGAGCUCCUUCAUUAACUGGUAUGUAGAAGAACAUAUUCAGAGGACAGGUGUUGCCAUAGAGACCCAAGGCUUCACCUUCGUCACAAGUGGCCGGAAAAGAGAAUCUCUGACGGGCAACGCGACACUUCACCUGUACCCCCAUUUCCGACGCCUCCUGGAGUUUAAAGGUCUGACGGACUACCUCUCUGCUGAAAUCUCUACCUCCAAGCAGAAGAAGUUUAGCUUGGUGACCUUUGUGGACACACCGGGGCUGGUGGACGGUGAUAUGGUCUAUCCGUUUGAUGUCAACAACGCCAUCAUAUCCUUUGGCCAGCAGGCGGACUUGAUCAUGGUGUUCUUCGACCCAAUGGGACAGGCCCUGUGCAAGCGCACGCUGGACAUCGUGGAGAAGCUCAGCGAGCCGUGUGGAGACCGGCUGCUGUUUUACCUCAGCAAGGCAGACGAGGCUGGGAGGGAGACCGACAGGCAGAGAGUGAUGAUGCAGAUUGUUCAGGAGUUGUGCCGCAGACCAGGGCUGAACAAAUGUGGCUUUGACAUGCCCACAAUCUACAUCCCCAACCCACAGAAACCAAGCCGCUGCGAGAACCAGAUUGACGGGGUGUGUCAGACCAUUGAGAAGACCAUCAACCAGGCCGUCCAGAGAACCCUGGACCAGCUGGAGAAGGACUGCGACCUCAUCUCUGCUAGCAUAAGCAGCAGACUGGCCCAGGAUAGGGCAGACGUGAGCUACAACAGGGGUGCCCGCGUGCAUGCCUUCCUCUGCGGCCUGCUGGCCGUCCUGCUGCCAGCCUCCCUGAUCCUCACCCUGGUGGUCAGUGCCUUGCCCCGGGAGGAGCUCCAGGCGAUGGUCGGCGAGGGCUUCACUGCGGCCUUCCAUCUAAUCACAGGGAUUGUGGUGACUCUCUGGGACAUGAUCCCGGAAGACAGCCAGAUUAUGUUCGUCAUCGCUAGCGGAGCCCUCAGCUACCUUCUCUUCUUCUUAGCCAAAUAUUUCUCCCGCCAAGGACAAUGCACCCUCACCAAGAAGGAGAAGAGGCGGCUGGCCGAAUACAGCGAUUACGUGCAGCAAGUGGUCAAAGCCAGGAAGCAGGGACUAUAUGAACAGUAUCUCCGUCAGUGUGCCACUGAGUAUGACCUCUGAGAGGGAAGGCAGCCGUUCCACCCGCAGCAGACUGUGUCGUUGUCCAUUGCUGGACAAACUCCGUAAGACUUCCUCUUGCACUUGAUCCUUAGGAACACAUGCUAAUGGCGGGCUGGGCUUUUGGGGUCUGCAGAUAAGGCUUCAUCAACUAUGGGUGUGAAUUGUGUACUGCUGUAGUGAGCGAGCGUUAUAAUGGAAACCACCUCAGAGGUAUCGGCACUCCAAGAAUACACAGUGUGGGCAUAAAGGAGCCUCCCGAAAUCUCCCAAAUACAAAGUGCCUUCUGUUUCACAGAUGAUGGUGGAACUAUAGUGAUUUCAAUAACUGUGAAACUCAUAACUCAUUAGCUGUAGUACUUUUUAAAAAAGGUGAGCAGGGGACUGUGUUGUACUUGAAAGUACUUUUAACUGAAAUCUAAUUAUGUGCAUAAAAUUGGCUUGUGCAGUGCAGUAUUUACUUUGUUGUUUUAAGUGUUUUGUAGUCCAGAAUCUGUCUGAAGAUGUCUGUCUGCUUUUAUUGUGUCAUGCGUGUUUGUAUAAGUAAUGUUUUUAUGGAAAGCGAAAUUUGUGGUGUUUUGGAACACACUGCCUUAAAAAUGAGAUGUUGAUGACAGAACAAAUCUUACUGGGCUGUUUCACAGUGUUUUUUAAAUGGGUUUCUUUCUGCUUUUGUAAACUGAACUAAAAGCACUGAAUUUGCAAAACUUUUAUGAACCAUAUCAAUUGUAUUUUAACUAGUUUGUAACCACUUUUUUGGAAAUAGGAAUGAGUCAUAAAGCGAACUGUCUUUACUGACAUCCUUCGUAUCCAUAAACGGGUUGUAUACAACUUCCAAAUCCGUCAUGGUGCUUUGUAACUAAAGUACUGGGCCGUUUGCAAUAAUACACACAGCCUUGCCAAAAAAAAUCACAGUUUUGAAAUUAAAUCAUCAAGUACUUAAGAGGCAAUCAUUUUUACAGCUCCACAACGUUAUGCAGCAAUAAGGUGAAGUCAGCCGAGUACCUCAGUCUACUGAAUUCCCAGGUUACCCCAUCAACGGAAUAUGCAUGGGCAUAUUCCAGGAUGAUAAUGCCAAGAUUCGUCGGGCUCGAAUUGUCAAAGAAUGAUUCACGAAUUACGAGGGAUCAUUUUCACACAUGAAUUGGCCACAGAGUCUUGACGUUAACCUAUCAGUCCCGAGACAGGAAAUGAAUGCAAAUCUGUGGGGGAAAAAAAAAUGUUUGUUGCAUAAGUACGUGGAAACUGCAUUGACAUGCACCAUAACCAAAGUUAAAGGCGGUUCAGCGAAAUGUGUGAUUUUUCUUGGCUAGGCAGUGUACCUUACCCAGUGUAUACUGAUGCUGUGAAUGUCUGACACAUCUUACUGAAUAACAGAGAAUGUGUUAAUCUUUGAAGUAGUGGCGUCACUUUUUGUCCACUCUCUCUCUCUCUCUCUCUGUCAUCUUAUACUAGUGUGUAAUAUAUAUUAUUUUUCUUAGUAACUUAUUUUAGAUAAAUAUUUCUGUAUUAUUAAAAUCUUAAUAUUUCAGUGGUCUCAGA